AUCUCCAUCGAAAACUUCAUCUUCAAAGUGUUCAUCCGUCUCUCUGUUUUCGUUUUCUCGUUUUGUUUCCCGGCGGUGCGCUCUCUUCGGGUGACUCUCUCUCUCUCACGCUCAGAGUUCACCCUAACCUGUCAAAGUUGUCAUCAAUCCAAAAACUCGGCGUCGUGUUUCAGUCCUUUAUUCAAUUCGCGCACCUUUAUUGUAAUCUAUCAGCGAAUAAUUCGCUUGCGAUUGUACUGAUUCUUCUACGGUUACGAAGCAAGACGGCCUUGCACCAUGGGACCACCAAUAGCAGCAAACCAGACGACACCCAUCACACUGGACGACGGAUUGGAUCAGAUGACGCGCGACUAUUACGAUCCGAUGCUGAACCGGUACGACACCGGUCCGGGAGCCGAUUUGGACGAUCAGCAGCAACCGGGAGCGUUGGCUGCUUCUGCGGCGGCGGCAGCGACCAGCCGAUCGAGCAACAACACAGCCCACAGCGAAACGCAGGCCGUUAAGAUAAGGUUGAAGAACACCCGGGAUCUGACGGAGGAGGGCUUGCGGCAGCUGUGCCGCGUGUACGGAACGGUGAUCAAUGUUUACAAACUCAAGCAAGACCAAGGCCAUACAGCUUUUGUCGAGUUCUCGAAUCAAAGUGAAGCGGGUUUGGCCAUCCAGGAGCUGAACCGGAAGUUGGGUUUUCAGUUCUAUCCUGCCUUCGCCCACGAGAAGAAAACCUUGAAGGUGAUGGAUAUGAAUCUGCCCGCACCGCCGCCGCCCUUCGAAUCCGGUACCGGGGAACAGCUGAUUCAGACGAUCGAAGCCAGCACCGACGAGGAGAACUGGGAAAUGACACUAGCCCCGCGGAGGAUCAAGACCGGAUUUUCAAUACCGCUGAAAAUAAGAUUUCCGGAAAAGAGCUCGUUGGCCACAGCACUGCACUACACUGCCCAGCAAGGGAAGGUGAACCCGCUGGCCAGGGUGGAUGAGAAUCAGAUUUUCAGCAUUCCCACCGCGGUGGAAUACGACCACCGUGGGUUGAAAUCGUUGAUUGACGCGAAGAUUGAGGAGCGCAUGGUUAAUUUAGCUAAGCGGGAAGGUGUUAACCAAGUGGAACCAAAAGGCAACGUCAAAGGCAAACCAGUCUUCGGUUAUAGUGGUCUGGCGGAACAGAAAAGCAGCCUCUUUCCGGAUGCCUUCUGUACGACAUGCAAACUACGAGGAUUCUUUAGUUGCAGCAUCUGUGGAACUCCGUACUGCUCGAAGCACUGUCAGCACGCAGAUUAUGUUCGCCAUAAGGCCGAAUGCCAGUCGGAAGAAUCCACGGAAACGGAUGGAGGUACUGCUCGAAGCAAACACGGCGGAUUCGAGGAUCUAGACGAUGCCUGUUUGGUCCAAGAAGACUUCCGGAAGGGAUCCCACAUUGUGAUCCUAUCGGUGCUAUGUCCGGAGCGAGUGUUCGUACGUUCGCUGGACAAAGAAAGCAACAAGGAAUACCUGCAAACGUUGAGCGAUAUAGCCAAGGCCGGAUUGACCGCCGGAAAGCUGUCCGGUCGUCCUGAACCGGGUGACAUAUGCCUUGCCAUCUAUGGACCACUGAACAUCUACGCAAGGGUAUUGAUUAUCAGGGUCACCAAAACGGAAGCCCUAUGCGUCUACAUCGAAUUUGGCCUGAUCCAAGUCGUUGACCUAAAUGAAUUCCGAAUCCUAACUGACAACGACCUGAAACUGCGCAAAGUCCGCGUUCACAAGGUCCACCUAAAGGGCAUCACCGAAGAGUACGGUCAUAUCGACAAAGCCAUGACCUAUCUGGACAGCCUCAUCGAUCAACCGCUGGAGAUGAAGGUACAACUGGAGGUAGGCAACCUGGUGGACGCCGAACUGCGCACCGCAGCCGGGACCAGCGUCAACAAGAAAAUCAAUGAAAGCAUAAUCAUUCCCAUCUACAAAGUCGUCGAAUCGUCGGAAUGCUACGUGGACUACAAAACGGUUCCGCACAAAACCCUUCCCGCGAACCAAGAGCUGGACAUCGUGAUACUUAAUCGAACGACCGUCAAACUGGACUUCCGUGUGUCUCUCAUCGCGUACGACGACCUUCCCUACCUGGAAGACCUACAACAUAAACUCCAAAGCUAUGGUAGGAAGGUAAGCAAAUUCGCCGAACACUACACACCGCGCCUGCACGAACUGUGCCUGGUGCGAAACAUGGACACGUGGUACCGGGCCGUCUGUCUGGAAUCGGUCGGAGACGGGCGGCCGACCGUCUACCUAUGCGACUACGGGUGCCUCAUAAUGGCCAAAUUGGAAGAGCUGCGGAAAAUACCGCCCUCCCUGGCGAUGGAAGUCCGCACGACGGAUGCGCUAGUUUCCGGUCUGGAGGAAGCGGCCAAGGUGGGCUUGAAGAUCGAUUCGGAAUUCCUGGAUAUCUACCUGGAGGAGAACGAACGGAUGACGGUGCAGACGAGCGAGGAGAUGGAGUUCAAGGAAUUCGAAGACACCCUCUCCAAGGACGAGACUUCGAUGCUGACGGUGAUCAAGGUGCCGGACCUGAUCACUUUCAUCGCAGAUCGGGCCCAAUGCGGUGAGUCUUUGCAAGGCUUUGCCCCAGCUACUACUGGCGGGGUUCGUAGGGUUGUGAAAUAGAGUGGGGUCUUUGGCUAGGAGCGAAUAACGAGCGAUGAUAUACUUGUGUGGUGGAAAAAAUGAGAAAUCCGUCGCAAGUUGUAUUAGGGUAUGGUGAGA